GAGCCGUCAAAAACUGACCUGACUUAUGUGCUCUUUGGUGGAAUACGUGGAAACUUUGUUUUGCUUUUGCAUACAUGUCCCUUUCACCGAUUGGAUUGUACAUCUGAAAAGUGCACGCGCUAAAUGAUGAAUGAAGCAGAUAUUCCGAUCGACAUCGCCGCCGGAAAGUUGCUGGAUUGGUUGAUUUCGCGACGAAUUGUUGAUAAAAACUGGCAUCUUCACAUACGCAACAUUCGCAACAAAAUCAGCAAUGCUAUCACGGACAUGCCAGCUCACGAUGAGCUCCUGCAACUCCUGUCCGGUGCACAUAUCAACUAUUUCCACUGCCUGCGCAUCGUGGACAUCCUGAAAACUACUGAAGCUGAUUCGAAAAACGUGUUCGGCCGUUACGGCAGCCAGCGGAUGAAGGAUUGGCAGGAUAUUGUUAAGAUGUACGAAAAGGACAACAUAUAUCUUGCGGAAGCGGCUCAAAUACUGGUACGCAACAUCAGCUACGAAAUUCCCGGCAUUCGCAAGCAGAUCAAGCACCUUGAGCAGCUGAGCGACGAGGCAGAAAAAAAGGUAGAAGAUUUAGGACGCUCCGAGAAGGUGGUACUGGCGGAGUAUCACCAAAUGUGCAAACAUUUGGGCGUUUCCGGUAAAAACCUGCGCCAGGAGUUGGUCGACAAAGUAUUUAACGAUCUACCAGGGAUGCUCUCGAAGACUGCCAGCUCGGUGGCACCGCUGAAGAAAACGGUAGAACUGUACGCAACAUUCGUGUCUGAUGCCGAAUGUUUACCCCUGCUGAAGCACGUACUCGCCAAGGGCAACACUACGGUGUACGAGUUUGUGUACGGUGAGCCACCGCUGGCGAUUGAAGAACCACCGGUAAAGUUUGUUGCGGAACAGCCAGACGCGGCAGAUGAUGGAACGAUUGAUUUCGGAGACGAGGGUGGAGCGAUCGAUUUUGGUGACGGUAACGCAUUAGAUUUAGAUGCACCUGUUGAACUCGAGGUCGGUGACAUCGAUUGGGGUGCCGCACCGGAAGAGGUCGAUCCGGUAGCAGCAGCUGAUGAAAACGUUAUCGAUUUUAACAUUUCCCUCGAAGAGAGUGGUAUCGUGGUGGAAGGCGACGGUAAUUUGGGUGGCGUUGCUAAGGGCGAAGAAGCGUAUACCGUACUGGACGCACAACAGUAUCGUGAUCGAUUCAUCAAUGAUCUGCUGGAGCUGCAGUCAUUCCUGAAGAUGCGGCUCCAUCAGCUCGGAAGCGCCGAUAAAGCACAAAUGCUAUCGUUUACAAUGAUGGACAACUUUGCCGCUCAUGAUGAAAAGUCUGUGGCGGGCAUGUUGGCUGAGGUGGAAGUCGUUUACACCGGUGUGACGGAUGAGUUGAUGCAACAUCUACUUCAGAUUAAACAUUCCCCAGUGUACGUGGACAUACUCUCAUCGAACGUGAAGCAAAAACUAACAUCCAUCGAGAAGAUGAAGGAGACGGCAAAGAUUAAUCAACAAAAAUCGGUCAACUUUAAGCAGCAAAGCGUUGAACUGAAACCAACGCAAACUAAAAUCAUUGAGCAAACCAAAACGCUUCAGGGACAGAUUGAAAAGGACAUUUCGAAGCGAUACAAAAAUCGUCUCGUGAAUCUUUACGGUACCAAUCUGUAAGAUGGUGGACGGUGUUGUUUGUGUUGUUGGUGUAAUGUCCGUAUAGAGCUGUUAAAUAUAUGAGAAAGUGCCUGGGUAGCUUGCAAACACGUA